UGAAAAGCACAAGACAACCUCAUUCUUCACCGAACCUGUCCAUCCACUCAUCAUGGUGUCUUUUCUCAGCCAGCUGCGCAUGGCUCUGCCAGUCCUAUCGGCUGUGGCCUGUAUGCUUACAGUCGCUACGACUGUUCCACCUAUGCCGCGCGACGCUCUAUCGCCCGAGCGUCUUCAGUGGAUCCGCGAAAUCAUUGGCAACCAGACCGACUUCAACGCAACUUCGGACGUCUCCAAGCGCAGCACCAUCAUAAGCACCAGAAAAGACGGCAUCGACGCCGCGGGCUUCUACUACUCGCUGUACAACGCCAACGGUGCAGACGUGGGAUACACCGAAUACCCGACGACCGGCCAGUUUGAGCUCGGGUGGUCCGCGAAGACCGAGUUCCUCGGGGGCAAGGGCUACAGAGGCGGCAACCCGCGAUCCUUGACGUGGGACGGCUACUUUACUGCAGAGGGAGACUGGACCCUGGCCAUCUACGGCUGGACCCUGAACCCCGUCACCGAGUGGUACAUCGUGGAGUCGCACGGCAGCGGCACCCCGGGCAACGGACAUAUCCUCGGCCAGGUCAACAGCGAUGGCGGUCUCUACGAUGUCUACAGUCUGCCUUACAGAAACGUGCCGAAGAUCUACGGAGUGACCAACUUCGACCAGCACUGGUCCGUCCGUCGCUCCCACCGCACCUCUGGCACCGUCGACGUGGCCGCGCAUUUUCGGCGCUGGAAGGAAAUGGGGCUCGACCCGGGAACUCCGAUAUUUCAGAUGGUCACCUUGGAAGGAUUCUCUGGGAAGGGGUAUCUGAACUUCAAGGUUGAGUAAGGAGCUCGGGGACUGCCUGGGGCUGGCCGUUAUGGGCACUCUCCACACUCUUGGACGAUUACUGUUGUGGAUGGCAUCUGUAGUGUGUCCCCUGGCGUGGACUCAACUUUCUAC